AACUUCGCUUUCCCCCGGUGCUGCCGGGGGCUUUGUUCGCGAGCAUGGGCUGAGGCCGCGGGCUCCCCUCGCCGCCGGCUUCCAUCCCCCGGCCUCCAUCGCCCGGACCCCCUCCGCCGCCGGCAGGGGCUGCCCGGCCGCCGCUCGGGGGAGAAGGGUGGCUCCGGGGCAGGGUCCAUCCCCGCCCCCUUCCCCGGGGCGCUGGCAGCCUCUCCUCUUCCCCGCGGGCCGAAGUCUCUCUGCUAGUCGCUCCUCCGCGGGGCAAGCCCCACUCCUCGCCCUCCGCCUUUCCCCUGCCACUCCUUGGUCCUCUCGCCUGCUGCACCCCCGGGGGUGAGCCGGGGAGCGGCGGAGAAAGUUUUUCUAAGGGUGAAAGAAGCACCGGGACGGCUGGCACAAAGGAGCUGCCGCCGGGCCGGGGAGGAGCGGCACGGCGCAUCGCCCCCGCCGGUGACCCGCCAGUGCCUGGGUGGGCGACGAGGGGUGGGCUUCGCCCCCGCCCCGUCCACGCACGGGCAGGGCUCAGCUCCCGGCUGAGGCUCGGUGGGAGCCUGCAAAUCCCCCUUCUUUGGGCGCCGCUGCUGCUGCUGUCGGGGGCAUCCCUCGGGGGGGCGGCGAAGGGUCAGCGCCGCCCCGGUGUCCGCCGACGGCGUGGGCGGCAGAAAGUUUGCGUCUCCUCCACGCGUGGAGAAAGUACCUGCUCCUUGUGAGGGCUCGGCCGUCCCACCGCCCCUUCCUGCUCCAGGGAGGCGUUUCCCGGGGGUGGCUCCGGGCGGCGAGCGGGAGGGGGGCUGGCGGAGAAGCGGGGCUGAGCCUGGAGCCCGGUCAGCUGCAGCGGAGAUGCUCUUCUGCCCGCCGCCGCCGAGUCGGUCCUGCCUGGCUCUUCCCAGGGUGAGUCGCGAGGCGGCAGCCGCUGGGUUUUCCUCGGGAGAGCGGCUCUGCCUUCCCUAACCUUGGCCGCUUCGUCGGAGGGAGGGUGAACUGAAGAAGUAAAGUCUCCCAGCUGAACUACUAUGAGGUCAGAAGCCUUGCUGCUAUAUUUCACACUGCUACACUUUGCUGGGGCUGGUUUCCCAGAAGAUUCUGAGCCGAUCAGUAUUUCGCAUGGCAACUAUACAAGACAGUAUCCGGUGUUUGUGGGUCACAAGCCGGGACGGAACACCACACAGAGGCACCGGCUGGACAUCCAGCUGAUCAUGGUCAUGAACAGAACCCUCUACGUUGCUGCUAGGGACCAUAUUUAUACUGUUGAUAUGGACACAUCACAUACAGAAGAAAUUUAUUUUAGCAAAAAAUUGACAUGGAAAUCUAGACAAGCUGAUGUAGACACAUGCAGAAUGAAGGGAAAACAUAAGGAUGAAUGUCAUAAUUUUAUUAAGGUUCUCCUAAAAAGAAAUGAGGAUACAUUGUUUAUCUGUGGAACAAAUGCAUUCAACCCUUCUUGCAGGAACUACAAGAUGGAUACACUGGAGUUCCUGGGAGAUGAGUUCAGUGGAAUGGCCAGGUGCCCCUACGAUGCAAAGCAUGCCAAUGUUGCGUUGUUUGCAGAGGGAAAGCUGUAUUCUGCCACAGUGACCGACUUCCUUGCAAUAGAUGCAGUCAUAUACCGGAGCCUUGGAGACAGCCCAACUCUGCGGACAGUGAAACAUGACUCAAAGUGGUUGAAAGAACCAUACUUUGUGCAGGCAGUGGACUACGGCAAUUAUAUUUACUUCUUCUUCCGGGAAAUAGCAGUGGAGUACAACAGCAUGGGAAAGGUAGUUUUCCCAAGGGUGGCUCAGGUUUGCAAAAAUGACAUGGGAGGAUCUCAGAGAGUGCUGGAAAAACAGUGGACUUCCUUUCUCAAGGCUCGUUUGAACUGCUCAGUUCCUGGCGAUUCGCACUUCUAUUUCAAUAUACUGCAGGCAGUUACAGAUGUUAUCCAUUUCAAUGGCCGGGAUGUUGUUUUAGCAACCUUCUCCACUCCAUAUAAUAGCAUCCCUGGCUCUGCAGUCUGUGCCUAUGACAUGCUUGACAUUGCCAAUGUAUUUACUGGGAGAUUCAAAGAACAAAAGUCUCCAGAUUCCACAUGGACACCGGUUCCUGAUGAACGAGUGCCCAAACCCAGGCCUGGUUCCUGUGCAGGCUCUACAUCAUUAGAGAAAUAUGUAACCUCUAAUGAGUUCCCAGACGAUACUCUGAAUUUCAUCAAAACACAUCCACUGAUGGAUGAGGCCGUACCUUCAAUUGUCAAUCGACCCUGGUUCCUGAGAACAAUGGUCAGAUACCGCCUGACCAAAAUUGCUGUCGACUCUGCUGCUGGGCCAUAUCAGAACUACACUGUGGUUUUCUUGGGAUCAGAGAAGGGAAUCAUCCUGAAGUUCUUGGCACGGACAGGAAACAGUGGUUUCCUAAAUGACAGCCUUUUCCUGGAGGAGAUUAACGUUUACAAUCCUGAAAAGUGCAGUUACGACGGCGUGGAAGACAAGCGGAUUGUGGGUAUGCAGCUUGACAAACCCAGCAGCGCCCUUUACAUUGCCUUCUCCACCUGCGUCAUCAAGGUUCCUCUGGGGAGGUGUGAGCGCCAUGGCAAAUGCAAAAAGGCCUGCAUAGCAUCCCGAGACCCCUACUGCGGCUGGGUGAAGGAGAGCGGGGCAUGCACACAGCUGGUCAUUGGCGCUAAGCUGGCAUUUGAGCAGGACAUAGAACAUGGCAAUACAGAUGGCCUGGGUGACUGCCAAAAUUCCUUCGUAGCCCUGAAUGACAUUUCAACUGCUUCACCUGAUCAUGAAAUGUCUUACGACACAGUGUAUGGACACUCCAGUUCACUAGUUCCAAGCACCACCUCUUCUGACUCUCGGGCUCGACAGGGUUAUGAUGCUAGGGGACGCAUGCUGGAUUGGAAGGAUCCUCUUGGUUCAUCUGAAAAUACAGACCCAUAUGUGGCAGUUUCAUCCCAUAAUCAUCAAGACAAGAAGGGAGUGAUUCGGGAGAGUUACCUGAAGGGUCAUGAUCAGCUGGUGCCAGUUACCCUGCUGGCCAUUGCAGUAAUUCUUGCUUUUGUCAUGGGGGCCGUCUUUUCGGGAAUCAUAGUGUACUGCAUCUGCGACCACCGCCGCAGAGAUGUGGCUGUUGUGCAGAGGAAGGAGAAAGAGCUGACCCACUCCCGCCGCGGCUCCAUGAGCAGUGUUACCAAGCUCAGCGGCCUCUUCGGAGAUGCUCAGUCCAAGGAGCCGAAGCCUGAAGCUAUCCUCACGCCCCUGAUGCACAACGGCAAGCUGGCAACCCCAGGCAGCACUGCCAAGAUGCUAAUCAAGGCCGACCAGCACCACCUGGACCUGGCUGCUCUGCCAACCCCUGAAUCUACCCCAACCCUGCAACAGAAGAGGAAGCCCAGCCGUGGCAGCAGGGAGUGGGAAAGAAACCAGAACCUCAUCAAUGCCUGCACAAAAGAUAUCCCUCCAAUGGCCUCGCCUGUUAUCCCAACUGACCUGCCGCUCAGGGCUUCUCCUAGCCACAUCCCCAGCGUUGUGGUCCUGCCCAUUUCCCAGCAAGGCUACCAGCACGAGUAUGUUGACCAGCCAAAAAUGAGCGAUGGGGCUCAGAUGUCUGUGGAGGACCAGAAUGCCACCCUUGAGUACAAAACCAUCAAGGACCAUCUCAGCAGCAAAAGCCCCAGCCAUGGGGUUAACCUGGUGGAGAGUCUCGACAGCAUGCCACCAAAGGUGCCCCAGCGGGAAGCCUCCCUUGGGCCCCCGAGCACCUCGCUGUCCCAGAGCGGCCUGAGCAAGCGGCUGGAAAUGCAUUCUUCUGCCUACAGCGUGGACUACAAGAGGAACUACCCGACAAACUCGCUCACAAGAAGUCACCAGGCAUCAACUCUCAAAAGAAACAAUACUAACUCCUCUAACUCGUCACACCUCUCCCGAAAUCAGAGCUUUGGCAGGGGUGACAACCCGCCACCCGCUCCGCAGCGAGUGGACUCCAUACAGGUCCACGCCGCGCAGGCACAGGCUGUGACUGUAUCUCGACAGCCAAGUCUCACCACGUACAACUCUCUGACAAGGUCUGGGCUGAAACGCACACCCUCACUAAAACCAGACGUACCUCCCAAACCUUCCUUCGCUCCACUCUCCACAUCCAUGAAGCCCAAUGACGCGUGUACAUAAUCACAGUGGGGUGGGGGGUAGAACAGCAAUUAAGCAGAGGUUGCCCUUGAAAGCCAGUGUUCUGCAACUGCUCCUCUGAGAAGAUGGUUGUUGCAAGCUGAGGAUGUGUUGAUUCUGCUCUCUGGGAAAAGUGGAAUAUUUUUUUAACCCGAGCCAUAUGACCCAUGGUUAAAGGUUUGCGAUUGCAGGACUCGCCCCCACAGCCCUCCGGUUCUUUGCUCAAAAGACUAACUCUCCAUCACAAACAUUGAGCCAAAAGCACACAGGUGAAAAAUGACUGUGACAUUUCACCCCCCCAACUGCACAGUGCAUUCCUGAACUGGCAAAGAGUGCUCUGAAAAGCAAAACCAAUAAUUACAAAAACAAAAUAAAAAAAAUAAAAAAAUAAUAAAAAAAAAGAAUGCAUUGAUAAAGCUAACUCUGACUUAACAAUGGCAGAAGUUUACUAAGUGCAGGUACUGUGAAAUGCCCAUCAGUGUUACAGCCAUUUGGUUACAGCAGUUAAAUGCCAUGCUGGGCGAACUAUGUCAUAGAUUUCUGCUACCCUUCUCUUUUAAUGAAUAACAUGUGACUGUUAACGCAAGUAACUCCUCUUAUUUAUUGUUCAACUUUCAUUUUUCCUAAGGAAAUGACUUCUGCAUAUCAUCUUGUGAGCAGCUCUUCAGAGAAGUACCUUGAAAGUUAUACGUAUUUAACGUGAAACCCAUUAACUGGAGUAACUAAAACUCUUUUAUUUUUCCAAUAAAUCCACUGAGUUAAAUAAGUUGGAGCUGGAAUUCUGAACUUUGUGCCUGGACUGUCUGAUUAGCUGAAAAAAAACGGGGAUAUAUAUUUAAGUCUCUCAGCUAAUUAGCCGGCUGGGCCUCUGACCUAAGACAGCAACAAACAAAUACCGCAAGUUCAUAACUUCUAACGCAAUUGCAAGAGAAACUCUUAAAAGCCGCACAUUUGUGCACCAUUGCUAUCAACAUGGCUUUGUCAGUAGCUAAUACUUUCUGUGAAGGCACCAGCUUGUGAUGUGCCAUCUCAUUUCACCUUGCAUGUGAGACGGCAAACAAAAUCCUCAAACAGUGUGAACUAGUUAAUAUGCCGGCUGUUACCAUGCAUAAAUUAUGGUCUUAUCACACGGGUUUUUCGUGGGAAUAUAUCUGUGAAUAGCCUGUUUUCUUCCACAUGUAAAUUUGUGCCUUACACCCUCAGUUGUGUAUAAUUGUGAGCUGUAGUAUGUAAAACCUUUUUCUUUUUCUCCUUGGAGUAAUGCAAAUAUUUAUUGGUCCUUCCUCCUCCAAGCCCUCUCAAGAAUCAGAGCAAAGACAUUCGAAGAAGAAUGUAGUGGCUGUCGGCACAACCCCACGUCCCUCAAGACACCGGGCCAGUGCCGAACCCUCCGGGUCAGUCCCACUUCCAGCUGUGCCAAGUCCUCUCCCAAAACCACCUUCCAGCUGCGCUGCCCCAAAGGCACCGUGCCACCCUCCCCUGCCUCCCGUGCCCCAUCUCCAGUCAUCAUGUCCCUGGGCACCACAGAAGCUACAAACACCCUUGUCCCCCGGGGCCGGCGUGUUGCCUGGCUGGGGAUGGGUGGUGGUGAGCGGGGCCAAGCCCUGCAGCACGCCCCGCCACACGUCCCGCAGCACGCAGGCCACAUGAAGCUAGGACAGGCAGGCGGGCUCCUGCUGCAGCUACCUGCUGCUCCAGAAGGAUGCUGCAUAUACUCCUCCGGGGAAAAAAAGUGUAUUUUUUUUCCUUUGUUUCUUUUGUGUGACUGUGCAUGUAGCUAGUGUGGGAGUGUGCGCGCACACAGGUGUGUGCGUGUGUGUGCGCGCAGGUGUGUAAGUUCCUUUCCAGUCUUUCAGUUUAUGCAAAAACGUAGAUGUGUUUUUAAUCUGUUACAAUAACUGUGUCAACAUACUGUAGACAAAAGAUGGGGAUCGCUUCUAAGCUUUUUAUAUAUAUAUAUAUCUACUGAACAGUAUGUUUGAGUAAGGUGGUUAUUUCUGUUUCAAUUUGUUUUUUAAAAUUUUAUACUUCCAUUUGUUUUUCAGGGUUUUGGUUUUGUUUCUGAAUGACUGAAAAGACAGAUUUUAAGUCCAUUAGCUUAUAGAUGGUAUAUAUAAAGUCUGGAUGGUCUAGACCAAAGUGUGUAACAAGGGUGCUUGCAUGUUCUUUCAUUUCAUCAUGGCUUCUUUUAUGAAACAGUUUUGUUCACCCUUAGUGAACUAUGCAGACUGGAGUAGAUAGAUCUGUAUCCAAAGCAAUGGUGUUGUUUUAAUAAAAACAAAAAAAUAAAAUAAAAAAAAAAAAAAACUUUGAAAACCAUAGGUAGCAAGGUCAUUUUUGAAGAGAACCCACUCACAACUCUUUCACCAAGCUCCAAACCCCCUGAGUACCAAAUGCACGGGCCCCAUUGCUAUGACUCAGCAAAGCGUCCUGUCAAAAUGCAGAAGCAAAUAAUCACAGCAGCAGCUUGUACAGAGAUCUGCCUUUGUAAUAUACAUCUUGUCUGCUACCAGCUUGACCUUGAAAUUCUCAUUUGGUGCUCAGCGGGUCUUCUCUUCUUGUCCUUCCCUGUCACCGGUUCCCUUCCACCCCUUGUUUUGAGGGGUUCAUAAACCUAUGUGUGCCUUUGCUUUCCACCCUUGCUAUACACUGGUAGAUGCAACAAAUUCAGACUCUCAUUUGUUGUAAAGUUGUAGAGUAUCGUGAUGUCACCAGUUUCCCUACAUUUCCACAUCCCCCUAACAUCUGAUUCACAAUUUAAUGUAUGUUGUAAAAAAAAUAAAAAAGAAAAGAAAAAAAAAAGAAAAAAGAAAAAGAAAAAAGCGGGAAAGAAAAAUAAAGAAAUGAGAAAAUAAGGGGAAAUAAAAGCUCUUGAUUACAUAUGGUAAUAAAACCAGACUGUUCUACCUUA